UUUAUUUAUGCGGCAUAAACCCACGCCGACUCCAUAUCUAUUCUUAUCCGGCUUUUGCGCUCUCCCCCUUCUGCUCCCUACCGAUGCCAAUGGCGACGAUCAUCGACGGUAAAGCGAUCGCACAGACCAUCCGGAAAGAAAUCGCCGAUGAAGUACGAUCACUCUCCCAAAACUACAACAAGGUGCCUGGUCUGGCAGUGGUGAUCGUCGGGACGCGGAAGGAUUCACAGAGUUAUGUCAGUAUGAAGCGAAAGGCCUGCGCAGAGGUUGGCAUCCGGUCGGUUGAUAUCGACCUCCCCGAGCAGAUCUCCGAGGAGGAAGUGAUCGCCAAGGUUCACGAGUUGAACGAGAAUCCGGAUGUCCACGGGAUUCUUGUUCAACUUCCCCUGCCUAAACACAUUAGCGAAGAGAAAGUCCUGAGUGAAAUCAGUAUUGAAAAAGAUGUCGAUGGAUUUCACCCUCUAAAUAUUGGAAAGCUGGCAAUGAAGGGCAGAGAGCCAUUAUUUCAGCCCUGCACCCCAAAGGGAUGCCUAGAACUUCUGAUUCGCAGUGGAAUAAGCAUAAAAGGCAAAAAUGCAGUUGUAGUUGGUCGUAGCAAUAUAGUGGGAUUGCCCGUGUCCCUUCUCCUUCUGAAAGCAGAUGCAACUGUAACCAUUGUGCACUCCCACACUUCGAAUCCUGAAAGCAUUAUUCGUGAAGCUGACAUAAUAAUUGCUGCUGCUGGACAACCAAAAAUGAUCAAGGGUGGCUGGCUUAAGUCUGGUGCUGCUGUUAUUGAUGUUGGGACCAACGCUGUUGAUGACCCGACUAGGAAAUCCGGUUACAGGCUUGUCGGCGAUGUGGAUUUUGAAGAAGCAAACAAGGUGGCAGGAUGGCUGACGCCAGUUCCUGGAGGAGUUGGCCCGAUGACUGUAGCCAUGCUGCUCAAAAACACUUUGGAUGGCGCCAAACGCAAAUUUACACAAUAAAGUAUAUGUUUUGGCAUCGUCACUUUGUUAUUAUUGUAGGCUAUUAUUCCGAGAGCUUUGCCCAAUAAUGUCUGUUUUGAAUUGGCUUUAGUUGGCUAAUCUGUGAGGUUUGAACAAUAAGGUUCGUCUUCAAUUUGUUAUUUUAUUUUGAAUUGUCUUUAGUUCGCUAAUCUGUGAGCUUUGAACAAUAAGGUUUGUCUUAUAUUUUUUGUCCUUUC